AUGAAUGACCAGUAUCACCGGGCCGCCAGGGAUGGUUACCUGGAACUCCUCAAGGAGGCCACCCGGAAGGAGCUGAAUGCCCCCGACGAAGAUGGCAUGACCCCCACCCUCUGGGCUGCCUACCAUGGCAACCUGGAGUCGCUGCGUCUCAUUGUGAGCCGAGGGGGUGAUCCGGAUAAGUGUGACAUCUGGGGAAACACACCCUUGCAUCUGGCAGCUUCCAAUGGCCACCUGCACUGCCUGUCCUUCCUCGUGUCCUUCGGGGCCAACAUCUGGUGCCUGGACAAUGACUACCACACGCCACUGGACAUGGCCGCUAUGAAGGGCCACAUGGAGUGCGUGCGCUAUCUGGACUCCAUCGCAGCCAAGCAGAGCAGCCUCAACCCCAAGCUGGUGGGCAAGCUGAAGGACAAGGCCUUCCGCGAGGCAGAGCGGCGCAUCCGCGAGUGCGCCAAGAUGCAGCGCAAGCACCACGAGCGCAUGGAGCGGCGCUACCGGCGAGAGCUGGCGGAGCGCUCCGACACGCUCAGCUUCUCCAGUCUCACGUCCAGUACCCUGAGCCGCCGGCUGCAGCACCUGACGCUGGGCAGCCAGCUGCCCUACUCGCAGGCCACACUGCACGGCACGGCCAAGGGCAAGGCCAAGAUCCAGAAGAAGCUGGAGAGGCGCAAGCAGGGGGGCGAGGGCACCUUCAAGGUCUCCGAGGACGGGCGCAAAAGCGUCCGGUCGCUCUCGGGCCUGCAGCUAGGCAGCGAUGUGAUGUUUGUGCGCCAGGGCACCUACGCCAACCCCAAAGAGUGGGGCCGUGCUCCACUCAGGGACAUGUUCCUCUCGGAUGAGGACAGCGUCUCUCGUGCCACACUGGCUGCCGAGCCUGCCCACUCGGAGGUCAGCACCGACUCAGGCCACGACUCCUUGUUUACUCGCCCCGGUCUGGGGACGAUGGUGUUUCGUAGGAACUAUCUGAGCAGCGGGCUGCACGGGCUGGGCCGUGAGGACGGGGGCUUGGACGGGGCAGGGACUCCGCGGGGUCGGCUGCAGAGUUCCCCCAGCCUGGACGAUGACAGCCUGGGCAGUGCCAAUAGCUUGCAGGACCGCAGCUGCGGGGAGGAGUUACCCUGGGAUGAGCUAGACUUGGGCUUGGAUGAGGACUUGGAGCCUGAGACCAGCCCCUUGGAGACCUUCCUGGCUUCCUUGUAUUUGGAGGACUUUGCCUCCCUCCUGCGGCAGGAGAAGAUUGACCUGGAGGCCCUGAUGCUGUGCUCAGACCUCGACCUCCGCAGCAUCAGCGUACCCCUGGGGCCUCGGAAGAAGAUUCUGGGGGCCGUGAGGAGGCGCAGGCAGGCGCUGGAGCGCCCACCGGCCCUGGAGGACACAGAGCUGUGA